CAUAUAAUUAUCUGUAUGACAGAGCAUUCAUUUUUAACUUGUCUAAAUUGGAUCAUUGGCUGUUUCACGAGGAUAAAGGAGUUACUAUGAUGGAUAAACUGGCGCUCAAGGUUCAUGGAAGGUUGAGGGAUUUUGUCGAUUGAAUGCACACAAAACAAUGAUUUUGAACAGGCGAACCGAACGGUCCUCUAUUUCCUGCCUGUAGCUGGGUCCUGUAUGGAAGCCCGUGCAAGGCUGUCCUGGAGACCCCGCGCUGCCUGCACCUCUAUCGUCUCGGUUGACAUGGACGAUGAAGACGGCAGGUGCCUGCUAGAUGUAAUUUGUGACCCAGAAGCACUCAACGAUUUUCUUCAUGGAUCAGAGAUCCAUCUGGACACUGACGACCUUUUGGAUGGCUCUAGCGACCCCUCCAGCUCGUACUUCUCUUCCGCUGGGUGCCACGUUCCAGAGGUUCCGCCCCCAGUCCAGCUGUCGUCCAAUGAGCAGCCAGGCCUGCCCCGGGUCAGCGUGGACCUGGACUUCCUGGAAGAUGAUGUCAUCCUGGGCGGGUCGCCGGGCGACAACUGUAGCAGUGCCAUCGGCGACAACGCCAUGGAGCCAUGUGACAUCCUGCAGCAGAGCCUGGCGGAGGCCAACAUUACAGAGCAGAGCCUGCAGGAGGCCGACAUUACAGAGCAGAGCCUGCAGGAGGCCGAGGCAGAGCUGGACCUGGACUCCUUCGACCUCACCAUGCCUGGCCUGACUCAGGUGGUCCAGACGCUGCCCUGUACAGACGGCCUGACUGGGCCUGGAGGGACCGCUGUGGGGGUUGGGCUCCCCAUCUUCUCUGGAGCUCCAGGCGCCACCGCCACCCCUACCCAGGCCACAGCUGACAUGCUGGGCUCAGUGCUGGCCCAACAGGGCCUCCAGUUUGGGCCCCAGGUCAUGAACAAGGCCCAGGCCAUCAGUAUGCAGCCCUUCAUGCAGCAGGUGGCAGGCCUGGGUAACGUCACCCUCCAGGCUCUACCUAACGGCUGCCAGUCAGGACACCUGGGACUGGGGCAGAUACAGGUGAUGAGCCAGCCCACUGUGAUGACUAUGAACCAGGCAGGACAGCCCACUGUGAUGACUAUGAACCAGUCAGGGCAGCCCACUGUAAUGACUAUGAACCAGGCAGGACAGCCCAUCCUGGCCAAGGCCAUGGGAGGCUACCAGCUGCACCAGCCUGGCCCCGAGGCGCAGGGGGCAGGGGUGCAGGGCGGACUGGGAGGGGGACUUCUGAUCCAAGGGGGCAAAGCCACUCUGGGAUCUCCAGCUUUAAACGGCCCGGCGGUGUGUGUCGGCAGCACUAACAGUGGCAGUAGCACCAUGACUGCUGCUGGAGCCUUGGUUGGGUUCAGUAGCCCCGGACUGGGCCAACAUGGGCAGAACCAGCCCCAAGGACAGAUCAUGCAGAACCUGAUCAUCCAGCGAACCCCGACCCCCAUCCAGCCCAAACCCCCCCAGGGGGGCGCAGCCAUCCAGCCCAAACUGUUCAAGCAGCAGCAGCAGGCCCAGGCCCACGUCCUCCAGAACGAUGCCAACAAGGCCCUUGGGGUGCAGCAGGUCCCUGUCUCCGCUGCCCAGAAUGUAGCCUUCCUGACAGGCAAGCCUGGCUCUAACAUGGUCCUGACCUCCCAGGCGGGAGUCCCCCAGCAGGCUCUGUUCAAACAGCAGACAUCCCACCACCCCUCUGGGAAAGCCCUCAGUGUCCACCUCCUCAACCAGCCCGGCAGCAUCAUGCUGGGGGGGCAGAACCACCAGUUCCUCCUGCCGCAGCAGCUAGCCGGGGGACAGAUCCUCACGCAGCACCCUGGGGGCCACAUCAUCACCUCCCAGGGGCCUGGGGGCCAGCUGAUAGCCAACCAGAUCCUGGCUCAGCACCAGAACAUCAACCUGGGCCAGGUGCUGACGUCUCAGGGCCACCCUCUGCUCCAGGGCCACAUCCAGCUGCAGCCGGGGCAGAUGGGACAUCAGCUCUUCCAGAUGCCGGUCACCCUCUCCCAGAGCCAGACCCACACGGUCACUGGCCACCAGGCCCACACAGUGAUCCAGGGCAUGCCCUUGCAGAACUCCCUGACCAUGCUGAGCCAGGUGGAGGGGGUGAGUCCUGCCGUCAGCCUGCAGCCUGCUCUGCAGCCGCAGCCGGGGGGCGUUCCCAGCAGCGGCAUGGGCGGGGCGGCUGCCAUGGCACAGGGCCAGCCUGGGGAGAGUGGGAGCUGUACAGAUCAGGCAGCCCACCCUGGACAACCCCCUCAGCACUCCUCCAUCCUCUCUAUGCAGGCUGGGCCCUCUGUCUCUGUCCCCUCCUCCUCUUCUCCAUCCUUAUCUGUGUCCACCACAUCAGCCCAGCAGCAGCACAGCCCCGGGAGCAGGGUGCUCUUCACAGGGCCCCAGGGCUCCAGCAUGAUCCUCAGCCAGGAACAACUCCAGAUGUUCCUCCAGCAGAUGCCCCAGGCGGCCGGCCAGCAGCUGAAGCUCC